AUGAAUUACACGAUAUCAUCAAAUGAACUUGAAAAUGUUCAUGUCAACAAAACUUCAAUUAUCGUCGACGUCGAGUUGUCCAGAUUUUCUCGUGAGUUACUCACAUUUGCUGCUGUCGUAACCGUUAUUAUUAUGGUAGCAGGUGUUAUUGGAAAUUUAUUAACCAUUUUAGCAUUGAUAAAAUGUCCGAAAAUACGUAACGUCGCAUCAACUUUUAUAAUGAGUCUUUGCGUCGCUGAUUUUAUUUUUUGCCUUUUUGUUCUUCCAUUCAGCAGUUCACGUUUUAUUCACGGAGGAUGGAUUCAUGGACCUUUACUUUGUACCUUAUUUCCAUUUUUAAGAUAUGGUAACAUAGGUGUUUCCCUUCUUUCGAUAGCCAUGAUCACGAUAAAUAGGUACGUCAUGAUAGCACAUUACAGUUCGUACAACAGAAUAUACAAAACGAAAUACAUAGCAGUCAUGAUAGUUUUGUGCUGGAGUUUAAGUUAUGGAAUGAUAUUACCUACACUUUUUGGAAUAUGGGGUAAAUUUGGAAAGGAUAUGAAAUUGGGAACGUGUUCAAUAAUACCUGAUGAAAAUGGACGUUCGGCUAAAACCCCUUUAUUUAUAAUUGCAUUUUUAAUACCAUGCAUUGCCAUAUGUUGUUGCUAUGCAAGAAUAUUUUGGGUGGUACGAAGCUCAGAAUUAAGAAUACGUAAACAUGCUGUCGAUCAAUAUUGCGUAGCCAACAACGAAGGAAAUCAACAACUGAAUAAAAAAAAAGAAGAAAUAAAAUUAUUGAAAGUAAGAAGAAACGAAUGGAGAAUCACUCAAAUGGUUUUGGUUAUUUUUUUAAGUUAUUUAUUUUGUUAUUUACCAAUAACAAUUGUUAAAGUUACCGAUAAGGAUGUUAAAUAUCCAGGUAUUAUUAAUCUAUAA